AUGCGUCACGGAAAGGAAGUAUACCUUCCCUCUAAAACGGAAGGUGCCUUCCACCUCAAUCCAGAUCCUCUGCAAAUUUGUAAAUCUCGAGGGUCACCAUAUAGGUCAAACAUCAGUACGCAAAUAAAGGACCAAGGCACGCGGCUGAGGGAUGCAGAGUGUUACGGUUGUCCGUUAUCACCAGGGCAACCAGACCUCGCCAGAAUCCCAACCUUCUUUUUCAGCCAACUACUUUUGCGCACGCGCAAACCCUCCUCGGGCUUUUCGCAAAACGCGUUUCACAUGGGAUUUGGCCUUCCGGACACCCCCAAAAGGAAUUUGGACUGCGAUUGGUUUGUAGUCGUGUUCCGGGAACUCAGUGGGCGUCGCGCGAAGGCUGAAGGGAGCCUCUGGUGGCGCUCUGGGUCUCGGCGGCGGGAGGUGUCAGGAACCGCGGGAGCAAGCAUGCCUCGGUAUGCGCAGCUGGUCAUGGGCCCCGCAGGCAGCGGGAAGAGCACCUAUUGUGCCACCAUUGUCCAGCACUGUGAAGCCCUCAAUCGGUCUGUCCAAGUUGUGAACCUAGAUCCUGCAGCAGAACAUUUCAACUACUCCGUGAUGGCUGACAUCCGGGAAUUGAUUGAGGUGGAUGACGUGAUGGAGGACAGUACUCUGCAGUUCGGUCCCAAUGGAGGAUUGGUAUUUUGCAUGGAAUACUUUGCCAAUAAUUUCGAUUGGCUAGAGGACUGUCUCGGCCAUGUAGAGGAUGACUACAUCCUUUUUGACUGUCCAGGUCAGAUUGAAUUGUACACUCACCUGCCCGUGAUGAAACAGCUGGUCCAGCAACUAGAACAGUGGGAGUUUCGAGUCUGUGGAGUUUUUCUUGUUGAUUCUCAAUUCAUGGUGGAGUCGUUCAAGUUUAUUUCUGGCAUCUUAUCAGCCCUGAGUGCUAUGAUCUCUCUAGAAAUUCCUCAAGUUAACGUCAUGACGAAAAUGGAUCUGCUGAGUAAGAAAGCUAAAAAGGAAAUUGAGAAGUUUCUAGAUCCAGACAUGUAUUCUUUAUUAGAUGACCCUACAAGCGACUUAAGAAGCAAAAAGUUCAAAAAAUUGACUAACGCUAUAUGUGGACUGAUUGACGACUACAGCAUGGUUCGAUUUUUGCCUUACGAUCAGUCAGAUGAAGAAAGCAUGAACAUCGUAUUACAGCAUAUUGAUUUUGCCAUUCAGUAUGGAGAAGACUUGGAAUUUAAAGAACCGAAGGAACAUGAAGAUGAGUCAUCUUCCGUGUUUGACGAAUAUUUUCAAGAACACCAGAAUGAAUGAAGAGUUUGUUAAAAAGUAACCAAAUGUGUGAGGAGCUUGUGGCUGAACUGGCAGAACCUUCUUCUCUUCGAAAGAUGGAAUACUAGAAAGCUACUUACUUUAAUGAAAAAAAAUAAUACUUGACUCUUUAUCAGCAAUCAGGAACAUGCCUGAAUCAAGUUCUUAGUUAUUCUGAAACUGCUGCUGUUUAAAGUGGCAUCUUUUAGUAUUAUUGGAACAGCAUAAUUUAGAUUUUAAAAGUCGAAAUUGAAAUGAAUGUAGAUAGAUUUGUGUAUAUAAUAUAAAUUAGCACCUGUGAUACAGUUAAGACCAGUCUACUUUUAGUUUUACUGUUUGAUUUUUGUUAUUUUUGAAGUUUUUUUGGAGGGACAGGAAUUAUUGUAACAAAAUAUGCAUAUAUGUGUCCAAAGAAAAAAAAAUCUGGAAGAAUAUAGAUAAGACCAUUGCUUACCUGUAUCUCCCAGUUUUCCUACAUUGAAAAUGUAUUAUUUGUGUAAUUUAAAAAUGAAAAGUAACUGUGUUUUAAGAUAUAUAUGUAUAUAAAUAAAAGAAACA